CUGAGGGGGCGGAAUCCGCAGGGGGCGUGGCCCAGCCUGCCCAUCUCUGCGAGUCCUGUCCCGCAGGCCGCGCGCACCCUGCCUCCCUGUUCCGUGCUCGCCAGCAUGUCUUUCGUCCCGGUGGCCGAGGAUUCUGACUUCCCCAUUCACAACCUGCCCUACGGCGUCUUCUCCACCAGAGGCAACCCAAGACCAAGGAUUGGUGUGGCCAUUGGGGACCAGAUCCUGGACCUCAGUGUCAUCAAGCACCUCUUCACUGGGCCGAUCCUCUCCGGACACCAGGAUGUCUUCGAUAAGCCAACUCUCAACAGCUUCAUGGGCCUGGGUCAGGCUGCCUGGAAGGAGGCGAGAGCAUUCUUACAGAACCUGCUGUCUGCCAGCCAAGCCAGGCUCAGAGAUGACGUGGAGCUUCGGCAGCGUGCGUUCACAUCCCAGGCUUCCGCUACGAUGUAUCUUCCAGCCGCCAUAGGCGACUACACGGACUUCUAUUCCUCUCGGCAUCAUGCCACCAAUGUCGGGGUCAUGUUCAGGGGCAAGGAGAAUGCGUUGAUGCCAAACUGGCUGCACCUGCCGGUGGGCUACCACGGGCGCGCGUCCUCCGUGGUGGUGUCUGGCACCCCGAUCCGCAGGCCCCUGGGGCAGAUGCGACCCGACGACUCUAAGCCUCCCGUUUAUGGUGCCUGCAAACUCCUGGACUUCGAGUUGGAGAUGGCUUUCUUUGUAGGCCCUGGGAACAAACUCGGAGAGCCAAUCCCCAUUUCCAAGGCCCACGAGCAUAUUUUUGGAAUGGUCCUUAUGAACGACUGGAGUGCUCGAGACAUCCAGAAAUGGGAGUACGUCCCCCUCGGGCCGUUCCUCGGGAAGAGUUUUGGAACCACCAUCUCUCCAUGGGUGGUGCCCAUGGAUGCCCUCAUGCCCUUUGCUCUGCCCAACCCGGAUCAGGACCCCAAGCCCCUGCCGUAUCUCUGCCAUGACCAGCCCUACACAUUCGACAUCAACCUCUCUGUUGCCCUGAAAGGAGAAGGAAUGAGCCAAGCAGCUACCAUAUGCCGGUCUAAUUUUAAGUACAUGUACUGGACAAUGCUACAGCAGCUCACCCACCACUCUGUCAAUGGCUGCAACCUGCAGCCGGGCGACCUCUUGGCUUCUGGAACCAUCAGCGGGCCGGAGCCAGAGACCUUCGGCUGCAUGCUGGAGCUGUCGUGGAGGGGCACAAAGGCCGUAGAGCUGGGGAACGGCCAGACCAGGAAGUUCCUGCUGGAUGGGGAUGAAGUCAUCAUGACAGGGCACUGCCAGGGGGACGGGUACCGCAUUGGCUUUGGCCAGUGUGCAGGGAAAGUGCUGCCGGCCCUCUCGCCCGCCUGAGGUCCUCUCUGCUCUCCCAGAAACAUCAGACUGGCACGCUGCCCCCUCCACCUCCCUGGGGGGGGGGGGACCAGGGGCCCCCACUGCGGCUGCGGGCCUGGUUCUUCAUUCAAUAAUAAAGCCGCUGUGCUCCGUCUUCACGCUCUGAGCCUGGCACGGCUGUGAGUGCACAAUG